AUGUUCGACACGUCGGCGGUACCGAUUUUCACGGGACAAAACUACUCCGCGUGGAAGUUUAAGUUCCAAGUGCUCAUGAUGGAGCGGGGACUUUGGGGUUUCUUUGAUGGAACGGAGAAGAAGCCGGACGACGAGAGCGGCAUCGUGGCAUGGAAGAAGAAGGACCAAAAGGCGUUCGCUACGUUGAUUUCGCGCAUCGGCAUCAAUCUCGUGAGCUCGGUGCGCAUGUGCAUCAAGCUCGAAGCGUCGGCGCAUGAAGCGUGGAAGCAGCUCGAGACCAUCCACGGCAAAGGCAUUGUCUGGUUGGUAAGUGGCUUCUACCACCCGACAGCCAGUAUUGAGGAAACCGAGGCUCCUCAAGACGCGCCUGUCAUGGAUCGUGCGCGCAUGACCCCGCUCCUCCUCCUUGUGCUGCUUCCCUUCGCAGCAGCUGCCCCUACCGCUGCCCCCACGGGGAAGUCCCCCCCCCGCAGCCGCAAAAGCGCCCGCGCCCGCUCCGCCAGUAACUCCACCGAAGACCCUCCCCGCGUGCCCGCUCACGGGGAAGCCCGCGACUAA